UUUUCUGUAACGUUAAACUAGUUCAGUCAUUGUGAUAGACAGCUAAAUUAUAAGUUUGUAAGACUGAGAUGAUGUUAUUGCUACUAAUUUUAGGGUUAGUGAAUGACGUCUUACCAACGAUUUUGUUGUAACGGUUUUUAUAUCCGAAUGAUUGAAACUUGAUUUAAACUUGUUUCUUUAUAUAGGUAACGGUGAGUAUGGAAUAGGAUAAGAGCUACACCAGGAUGGAAGACAAAGAUUUAUCUAUUUGCAAUUCAGAUAAUGUUCCUUCACACACUGCUUCGAGUAAGCAACCAAAGAAAACUAAACAGCUACAUAUGCUGAUAGAUGACGAUGAUGCUGAUGAUGAAGAAAUUAUGCAGUCAUGCCAUAUAUAUAGUUCACAAAUCAACAAGUUCAGAAAUAUGAAGAGGAAAGUAGUAGAGAAAGUUCUGUUGAUGGAUCCUGAUGUGAUUUCUGAUGAAGAGAUAUCGGAACCAAAAAAUAAGAUAACUCGGAAGAAACGAGACAGAAAAACCCAAGUAUGUGUAAACCUUGAUGAUUCUAGUGAAGACCUUCCACAUUCAGAAGUUAGCCAAGAAAAGAUAGAAGAAGAACUCAGGUCACCUUCACCACCACCACCUGUGCAUCUCACAGGUUAUAAGACCAGAAAAGUUAGCUCUAAAAGUAACAAGCUAUUCAAGGAACUGCAAGAGGCAGAACUUGUGUACAAAGCAACUUGUCUGAUCUACAAUGAUGAUGAACUUAGCAAUUCAUUUCAAGAAAAUGCAGUAAAAGUUGAUAAUUGUGACCGAGAAAUUCAAGUUAAGAUAAGGUGGCGUGGCUCCAUUCAUAGAAUCUCAAUGAAAAGAGGUCAAAAAUUUGGCACAGUUAUGUCUCAGUUGUCAGACAUUGUUGGUGCUUGUAUUGAAGAAAUAGUUUUGUAUUUUGAUGAAAAAACAGUGCAAACGGAGGAUACGCCUGAUAGUUUGGGUCUUACAGUUGCAGACAUUUUAGACUGUUUUAUUAUCAAAACUAAAAAGAUGGAAACUGAGAGAAUUGCAGAGUCUUCUCAAGCUAACAAAAUUACCAUUAAAGUUCAGUCACAGAACACAAGGCAGAAGCUUAAUUUCACAGUAAACAAAUUUUCUCCACUCUCAUCCCUUAUGGAAGACUAUGCUAAACAGACCAACAACCUUAAGAAGAAAUUAACUUUUAAAUUUGAUGGAGAAAUUAUAUCACAUACUGACACCCCAGCUGACUUGGACAUGGAUGAUGGUGACUGUCUGGAUGUAAAAGUGACAGAAUGAGGAUAAUUUAAUAAAAUAGUUUGGAUAAUAUUGAUAUAAUUUAAGUUUCAAAAUGUAUUUUUUAAAAUCUUCACUGUGGAUGAAGUACAAAAGUAGACUUAACUUGCAUUGGCCUAUGUUUGUUUUUAAAAUGUAGCACGUUCAUAGCUCAUUCCCAUGCUCAAAAAAAUGUGUAUAUACACAUCCAGCAUUCAUAUAAAAAUGUGUGGUCUUGCCUUACAAAUGUCAUAUGCAAGAUUGAUGUUAUUGGGUUUCUCAAUGUACAUAUUUCACUUUAAUGGAUUUUGUACCAUGGUAUUUUUCUAAGAUCUAGAGAAAGUCAUCAACAAUUUUUAUAUGUAAUGUGGUUAACGUUUAAUAUUACUUCAAAGUGUUUGAUUUUAUAAAAUAUUACAGUAUGUAAAGUUUCAAAUAUCUUAAGUGUAUUGUUUUUGGUAGUUAGUAGAUAUUGUUUAUCUUAAUGGUGAUUUUAAGUGCUGUUAUAUUCAUUAAACGUUUUGUCACUAUCUCACAGCUUAAUUUUUACAUCUAGAGAAAAAGAUAAUAUGCAAAUAAUAUCAUCUCUAUUAAUAUCAUUUGUUCAAUAUAUUUCAUUAGAGUACUAGUAAUUAAAGAUGUAAAAAAUGUGUACUUUUG